AUGGAGCGCCCGGGGUCUCUGCUCUGUGACCCUCCCGACCCCGAGGCCCACCCCCGCCCCCCGUCGCCGCGAAUAUUCUUCAAGCCCCUCCCCGCCCGUCGCUCUCUCCACCGGCGACGGCGACAGUCCAGACUCCGCUCUAGUAACCGCGCGAAAGGGCACAAGCUCCGCCUCCCGCCGUCGCCCUCGCCGCCGCCUCCUCCGGCCUCUCCACCAGGGCUGAGCCCUCCCACUUCUCCUUCUCUUCCGGGGCCACCGCUAGAAGCGCUUCCGGGCCACGAGCAGGACACUGAGGAGCCCCAUAGCGAUGACCCAGCCGGAAGUAAUGGCGGCCGCUGUGCCGUCAUGGAUUUCUCAAAGUUAGUUGGAAUUGCAUGGGAAAAGUCACGCGUUGCUGCCGAAUCUUCAUCCUCUUCAGAAAACUCAGGAAAUGAAGGUGAUCGUGAUUACCAACGUGAUCAGGCCAGUCGCAACGCUACACCCUACAGAGAUGAACCCGCCGUUUCUACCUUCGAUGAAGUCCCUCCCGCUGUGCAGAACGUGUUGGAUAAAAUUGAGCUGGCACAGCUGGAAAGAGCAAAGAAGGAUGUUUCUAAGAAGCUGUUUCGCAUUCUGGACAAUGUGAAUCGGACCUAUGAACACUACAAAAAGGAUGAUGGGAUCGAUCCUGAGAUUGAAAGGGACUACUACCAUUCACAAACCUGGGAAGAGACGAGCCGCCGGGCUCAUUUUUUGGAUGGAAUUGAUGACGUGCUAGAUGAGAGCGUCUUCAAAAUACAGGAAUUGAAGGCAGUGCUGGAGGCGCUAAAAUCCUGGUAUGAAAUGCUGAAAACGAUUGAACGAGAAGAAAAAGUCCUUGUCACUAAUGACAUGUUUGACGAGAUGGAGGAGAAAGUCCAGAAUUUUAUCAGUGCAAUUGACUCAAAGAUUCAGCAUCUAAUCAAACUAUUCCGCCCACUUUUAGAAGGAAAAGCUAAGCAGAGACGGAAGUCAGGUAACAGAAUCGGCAUGUUUAAAGCAUGGAGAGACAAAGUGGCCGAUGCACCCCAGGAAGGGGAGCCUAUGACAGCAGAGCGGAUGUUGGACGAUGACCCUCUUACAUUCAGCCGCACUAAUGAGCUCAAUAGCAUGAUGCAAGAAAUGGUAGAUGCUCCGGCUUUUUUGAAAAUAGAACAUCCUGCAGUCAGGUACAUUGUAGCCAUGGUAGCUAACCUAGGUAAGGCCUACAGCCUUCUAGGGAAGCAGUAUCGCAGCCUUAAAAUCAAGUGUGAAACCGAGAGUGCCUUGGAAAGCAAGAAGCCAGACCCACACGUUGCAACUCUGCAAAGGGAGCUGCGAAUGGCCCUGGAGAGGAAAACAGCAAUGGAAAUUCAAGUCCACAACAUUGAAGAGAUGUGCAAGACACUCAUGAUUACUAACGAAGCAAUGCACAAGGAGCUGCAGGAGGCAAAUGAGAGGGCAAUGGAGGCACGCCAAGCCUCCCUCAGACCUGUUUUAAGUCUGAGGAUUCCUGAGAAACUUCCCACAGGAAGUAUGAAAGAUAUGACGGAAACCAAGGAUGAGAAAGAAAUCAAGGAUGAGAAAGAAAUCAAGGAUGAGAAAGAAAUCAAAGAUGAGAGAUAUAUGAAACUUCACGCUGAGCUUGCAGGAAUGAGAAGUGUGAAAGCUGAAGAAAAGGGCACUUAUGAGGCGAGUACAAAACUCCACACUGAGCAUGCAGGAACGAGAAGUGUGAAAGUUGAAGAAGGGGGCACUUCUGAGGCGAGUACCAAACUCCACACUGAGCUUGCAGGAAUGAGAAGUGUGGAAGUUGAAGGGGGCACAUCUGAUGCACCCAGGCAGCAGAAACCCACGGCUGAAACCACUGACCCUGACCAGCUGCAAGCAACACCUUCCGAUGCAGAAGCACCUCUGACGUUUCUUUCAGUAAAAGCUCGGGACAGCAGAACUGGACUGGGCCCGAAGGAUACAUCACGACUGAGGGUUGUAGGCCCAACAUCCUCAGACCUGUCACAGGCAUCCUCUGAGCUAUCACAGUUAUCGUCCGACGAAACGGGAGACGUAGAAGCUGUUGAAAAAGGAACAGCAGCAACAGCACUUAGCAAAUUUGCAGGAAAGAAACGGGGGUCAAAGACGGCUACAUGGAAAAAAAUACAAACAUCCCUUUUGAAAACGCCGUCGCCACAGAAAUUGCCUGGCAAAAGCCCCCAAGAACCUGAAGGGGAGCAACCUCCCCAACAGCCAGCUGAAAGCCCUCCCCCUAAGCCCAUUCUCAAACGGGUCACCACGGAGAGUGUCGGUGAAGCAGAACCCGAAGAAUCGUCCCAAGAGCCAACAGAAGGACUCCCAAGCCCCCCAACAAAGAGAAAGUUCUCCAUCAAAAAGGCUGCAGGGCAAUUGGUGAAGGCCGUCAAAGACAGAAAGGUGGUCAAGUUUGAUGACACCGAGCCGACUCAAGAGCCUGGGACAGCUCCAGGUGUCCAGAAGGAGGAGGACGCAGAGGUCCCAGGGGAAAGCUCAUCAACACAAGCAGGAGAAGCCGAGGAACCAGACUAUGAGACAGUAGGCAGGCCCAAAGGGAAGAAGCACCCCAGCAGAAGAGGUUCAGCAGGUGUGCCACAGCCAAAGUGGGCAGAGAAGACAGGAGAUGUCAUCCGUGGUUUAGGCAAAAAGCUGCAAGAGCUUGCCAGCGAUAGAGGUGGUGUGUUAGAUGCAGAGGCUCUCAAAUGCAUUUUUGAGGAAUUGGACGCAACCUAUCAAGACACAAUGCAGGAAGAGAAGCCCGAAGGUCAUAGUGAUAUUCCAGGAGAAGUGCCUGAAAGCCGUGUCAGUGGUCCAGCAGAGGAGGCUAGAGGCAGCCCCGCAGACCAGGAGGACACACCCUUCACUGUAGAAAUCCCCAUGUUGCCUUCCGCAUUUGUGCAGAAAAGGCAAAGAUUCUCAAUUGUUGAAGAACACCCUGGACAGGAUACAAGCCCUGAGCUGCAAGAAUUUGAGGAGGUCAUCCUUGCUUGUUUAGAUGAGAAGAUAGAGAAGUUAAAGAGGAGUCUCUCAGGCAGCUGGAAGCCGUCAGCAAAAUCCCAGCUCACACACACACUAACCCAAGAGAUCUCUGAGGCAAUAGACAGAAAACUGGAUGAAUGUAUCGUGAUGAAGCAGAAAGUAUCUGCUGGACGGAAGAAACAGAAGUUUGCAAGGAGCACAGAGGGCACAGAGGGCACAGAGGGCACAGAGGAGCAGAAAGAAGAGAAGCUGCAGAGAGACCAGAAGGAGCCCUGGUUGCAAGUGGAGGAAGAAGACUUGGCCAAGCUUUCACAUCCCAUGGAAGGAGAACAACCUCUAGAACAUCAGCCUGAUGAAGCAGAUGUGCAAGCCAAGGUCUCAUGGCAGGAAAUGGAAAAGGAAUUGGCAAAACAAACUUCCGCAGAAAAACUUAAGCGUGUCCAGAAAGGAAAAGGGCCAUGGCAGAAAGAGAGCAAGUCGGAUUUGGAAAGUGAUAGCUCAAGGGAGCUCAGCAAAGAAAAGCAGCUUUGGUACUUGCAAAUCCAGGAGCAGCUGCAGGAGGAGAAGCAGCGGCUGCAUGAAGAACAGGCCCGGCUGCAGGAGGAACGCCACAGGCUGCAAGAGGAGCAAGAAUACCAGCUGCACUGGCAGGAGAUGUGCGAGGGGCAGCGGCAGCAGUGGGAGCAGGAGAAGGAGCAGCAGAAGGAGCAGGAGCGCAUGUGGCAGCUGCAGGUCGAGCACUGGCAGCUCCUGCAGCAGCAGAACGAGGAGCAGGAGCAAUUCUUGGCCAGGCAGCGGGAGCAGCAGAAGGAGCAGCAGGACCUGUUGCAGAAGCAGGUUGAGCAGCUGCAGCUGGAGAAAAGGGAGCUGCUGCAGCUGCGAGGAAAGCAAGCAGAGGAGCAGUGGCAAUGGAGCCAGCUGAAGGAGCGGCACGAGAAGCAGCAGCUCCUCUGGCAAGAGGAGGACAUGGAGCAGGAGAAGAAGAGGAGCCAGUGGCAGGAGCAGCUGGAGCAGCAGGAGCAGCAGAUGGAGGCCCUGCGGCAAGAGCUGCAGGAGCAGGAGGAGAAGAACAUGCAGUGGCUGCAGGAGCAGAAGGAGAAGCAGCAGGAGAUGGAGCGCGUUUGGGAGAUGCGCUGGGAACAGCAGCUGCGCCGCUGGCGCCAUCAGAUGCAGAUGCAGCGGCUGCAAGUGCAGAAAGUGAAGAUGAAGCAGCAGCAGAUGCAGAAGGAAGAAAAGUCCUUGCUUCCCAAGGUGAGAGUGGUGGAAGGUGCAAUUCUGGAUCAAUUUUCCAGGCAAUAUAAGAUUGCUUACUCCCCUAAAGAAAGGCGUGCUUCUCCUAGCCCCCUGCUCAGCCCCCUACCUAGUUCACAGUUUGAUGAGGAUACCUAUGAGCUGGAGAGCACUUGGUUCCCGAGGCUGUUCACCAAAGUGGAUGAGUUUGCUGCACCAGGCACCACAGAGAAGCGUUACUGGAUAAACGUGGAAGCUCAGAGGAGAAACCUGGAGGUGUUGGGGGAAGCUGUCCGGAAGGCUGGCAUCUCCCCAGAACUAUACACCCUCACCAAAGGGAUAAUCAAGCAAGCAUUGCACAGCAAUGUGGAAAGGCUGGCUUUGCUCUUUCGGAAAUACAUCGCCUUCUGCCAUCUCCAGCAGGUCAGAGAAACCUUACUUAUUCGGUUGGAGGCUGCCAAAGAAGCCAAGGACGGUGUUAGAAUGCAGGUUUUGUACAAGAUGGUAGACAAGCUAGAUGCUCACCAGAAAAGAGUUACGGGGCAGUGGAUUGCUAAACAGAUGAUUGCAGAAAAGCAGCGUCGGCGCUGUCUUCAAAGGAUGAUUGCCUUGUUUGCUCAGCUCCGCUUGAGCGCCAAACUCCAACUUACCAACCCAUGCCCCUUGUUGAUCAAAGCAGGAGAUAGAACAAAGAAGCACAGCAUACACGUGCCCAACAUUGGACCUGUCUUCCUGAAGCCCAGAACCAUGCCAAGCCCCCUGGUUUGUGCAAAGAAACAACAAGAUUUAACAUUUUCAGCUACAAUCAGGUACAGUAUAAUAGGUUCUUGGAGGGAGCUCCCGGAGCAAAGCGGUGAACAGAUUGAAUCACUGUGGAAGACAGAUAUCACGGAAUUUAGUAUCCCCCUUGGACCCAAAGAACCUAUGUCUCUGAUGUGGUCUGAGGCAUGCGGCUUUCCGGAUAUCCCUAGACUUUUGGAAUUAGACAUUUCCUCCAUUAGGAAGCAACCCUUACAAAAUAUCAAGACUCGGAUUCAGAACAUUCCUAGGUGGAAGUUAUCUGGAUAUAAUUUUAUGCAUUUGUAAUUUAGAUAGUAAUUCAUUCAGAGUGUCAGUGUGUAAUUUAAUCCAAUGUGUAAUAUAUAUAUA